GUAUUAAUUGACAAUAUAAUAUCUUAUUCUAUUAUGAAAAUAAGAAUUUCAUGUGCUUAUUAACACAAAAAUAUGUCAUUAAUUCAGUGAGGAACUGUCCGAUUUGAUUUCAAAACAAACAUGACUCACCUCAUUUUCGAACUGUCAGUGUGUCCGGUAAUCUUGCGCACUUGGUGUAAUGACCUCAUUUAGGCUACAUUGUAGACAUAUGGGGUGCGCUCGUAACUGUGUUCUGGAUGUGAUUCACAGCUGUUCCUUGUUACGAACGCUUAAGUACAAUGUUCCGGACAUGUAAAAUCUGUGCCCGCGAAAUAGGAGGAACAGUCGGAACAAAGAUGGCGUCACCAUGUGCUUCGAAGAUAUUAUACAAGUGCAAUUGCGGUGUUUUUUUUUACACAUUAGAGUCUGCCCGUGACCACCAGUGUCAGAAAGGGAAGUUUGUCCAAGAGAUUGAACAUACAAGCAGUUCAAAGACCAUGUUCCAAUGUGAAGACUGUGAAUGUUUCUUCACAGAUAUGGAUGUUUUCAAAACCCAUGCGUGUGUCACAAACCAGAAAAGUCCAGCACAAAGUGUGUUUUCUGAAGAAGGUAAUGACACUAACAAUAACCAGGUGUGGAACAAGGCCCAAACGCAACUACUGAUUAGGUCCUAUCAGUUGCUUGAGGCAAAAGUUUCACAGGGCAAACUUAGGAAAAAAAGUAUGUGGGAAAAGAUAUCGGAAGAAAUGAGAGAAAAGGGUUACAAUUUUUCAGCUGAACAAGUCAGUGGAAGGUGGAAGACCCUAAUAAGGGCCUACAAAAACAUUAAAGCACACAAUGCUAAAUCAGGUAGUAGUCUUAAGACCUACCAGUUUGAAAAUGAAUUGGACGAGAUAUUUGCAAAAGAUCCGGUCAUGACGCCUGUAAAAACAAUGUCAUUUGCCAGUCAAGUCGAAAAAAGUAGUGAAGAUGACCAGAUGGAACUUACAAAAAAAAGGUCAAGUAGUGAAAAAGACAGCGACAAAAAUAAACCUCCAGCGAAAAAGUCUAAGUCUAAAGUCUCAGGUAGUCAGCAAAUGGUGCAGAUGUUACAGAGCUUUACAGUCGACCAAGCUCAGAGAGAAAGAGAGGAGGCAGAGAGGACAGAGAGGAGGCAUGAAGAGCGGAUGCAGCUCAUGAGGGGUUUAGUAGAUGCGAUAAAGCAAUCAGCGCCCCAAGCUCCAACAAAGAACAGGAAUAAUUAA